GCCUUGGAGUAGUGCAGUCGGGGAGACCGACACCACAGCAGCCUCCGCCUGGGCCAGGCUGAUGCAACUCUCCCUUUAAGAAAUCCACCUGGACAGCCCUCGGCCCGCCGGUCUAGAGGCUCGGGAGAGGAAGGACAGGGACCAAGGACCAUGCUCUUGAUGCCAGUGGCCUGAGCAGAGCUGGAACCCAAGGCCGUGAGUGCUGCCCGGGACUCCAGAGCCCCACACCCACGGCAGCCUGAUACUCUGGGGCUGCCAUGGCCGUCAAGAAUGUCAAAGGGAUGCAGAAUGGUGCUGUCCCCAGUGAGGUGGCCAAACGGGACAAGAACCUCAAACGGGGCAACUGGGGCAACCAGAUUGAGUUUGUGCUGACCAGUGUGGGCUAUGCUGUGGGGUUGGGCAACGUCUGGAGAUUCCCUUAUCUGUGCUACCGCAACGGGGGAGGUGCUUUCAUGUUCCCCUACUUCAUCAUGCUGGUGUUUUGUGGCAUCCCGCUCUUCUUCAUGGAGCUCUCGUUUGGUCAGUUUGCCAGCCAGGGCUGUUUGGGGGUCUGGAGGAUAAGCCCCAUGUUUAAAGGUGUGGGCUACGGCAUGAUGGUGGUGUCCACCUACAUUGGCAUCUACUACAACGUGGUCAUCUGCAUCGCCUUCUACUACUUUUUCUCCUCUAUGACCCCUGUGCUACCCUGGGCAUUCUGCAACAACCCCUGGAACACACUCGACUGUGCUGGGGUCCUCGACGCCGCCAACCUCACCAACAGCUCGGACCCAACCCAUGGACCCCUCAACCUCUCCCAGUUGCUCAACUACACUCUUAAAAGGACCAGCCCCAGUGAGGAAUACUGGCGACGCUACGUGCUGAAGCUGUCAGAUGACAUUGGCAACUUUGGGGAGGUGCGGUUACCCUUGCUUGGGUGCCUCGGAGUCUCCUGGGUGGUCGUGUUCCUCUGCCUCAUCCGUGGUGUCAAGUCCUCAGGGAAAGUGGUCUAUUUCACAGCCACAUUUCCCUAUGUGGUGCUGACCAUUCUGUUUGUUCGGGGGGUCACCCUGGAAGGCGCCUUCACGGGUAUUAUGUACUACCUGACACCACAAUGGGACAAGAUCCUGGAGGCCAAGGUGUGGGGAGAUGCUGCCUCCCAGAUCUUCUACUCCCUGGGCUGUGCUUGGGGGGGUCUUAUCACCAUGGCUUCAUACAACAAGUUCCACAACAAUUGCUACAGAGAUAGCAUCAUUAUCAGCAUCACGAACUGUGCCACCAGCGUCUAUGCAGGCUUCGUCAUCUUCUCCAUCCUCGGAUUUAUGGCAAACCACUUGGGUGUGGAUGUGUCCCGAGUGGCUGACCAUGGCCCAGGCUUGGCCUUUGUGGCCUACCCAGAAGCCCUCACCCUGCUGCCCAUCUCCCCACUCUGGUCUCUGCUGUUCUUCUUCAUGCUUAUCCUACUGGGACUGGGCACUCAGUUCUGCCUCCUGGAGACUCUAGUGACUGCAGUUGUGGAUGAAGUGGGGAAUGAAUGGAUCUUGAAGAAGAAAACCUACGUCACUUUGGCCGUGGCCAUUGCUGGGUUCUUGCUCGGGGUCCCUCUGACCAGCCAGGCGGGCAUCUACUGGCUACUGCUGAUGGACAACUAUGCUGCCAGCUUCUCCUUGGUCGUCAUUUCCUGCAUCAUGUGUGUGACCAUCAUGUACAUCUAUGGACACCGGAACUACUUCCAGGACAUCCAGAUGAUGCUGGGCUUCCCACCCCCUCUCUUCUUCCAGAUGUGCUGGCGUUUUGUCUCCCCAGCUAUCAUCUUCUUCAUCCUCAUUUUCACGGUAAUCCAGUACCGACCGAUUACCUACAACCAGUACCAGUACCCAGGUUGGGCGGUGGCCAUCGGCUUCCUCAUGGCUCUCUCCUCCGUCAUCUGCAUUCCCCUGUAUGCCCUGUUCCAGCUCUGCCGUGUGGAUGGGGACACUUUUCUACAGCGUUUGAAAAAUGCCACGACACCGAGCAGGGACUGGGGUCCAGCCCUCCCUGAGCACCGGACAGGUCGCUAUGCCCCUGCCACAGGCGUCUCCCCCGAGGAUGGGCUGGAGGUUCAGCCCCUGCACCCAGACAAGGCCCACAACUUGCUCCGGGGCAGCAAUGGCUCUGCCCACCCCCAGGACUCCCGGAUAUAAGCACUGCUGCAGGGGACUGACCCCAUCCAAACCCUUCCCUACCCACCCUCCAGAGACUGCCCCAGGCAGGAGGCAGUGAGCACCCUGCCCUCUGCCACCACCACCACUGCUAACCCCUGUGCCCUUUGUGUCUCUCAUCCUGUGUCUCCCUCUGCCCCUUCCCCCUGUGUUUACAAGCCCUUUUUAUGUGCCAGGACCAGGAGGGGGCAGAGGUCAGGGGCCAGCUCUCUCCCUCCAUCUUAAAUCUGUCCACACACCAAGGGAUGUGGG